GUAAAACACCAACGAAGAAGAAGACUCCCAGAAUGCCGUUGUGAACUGCUGCAACCUCGAGAAAACUAGCAAUCGACAACCUAGCUAACCCAAACCGUCCCCUGGUCGUCGUGUCGGAAACAUGGCGACUUUCAGUAAAUAUCUGACAGCAAAAAACUCGUCCAUAGCAGGCGGUGUUUUGCUGGUUUUAUACCUGCUGAAACGUAGAAGACGGACGUUGCAUCCCGGCGGUAGAAAAGGAGGCUCAGAUAAAGUGCUGAACACUGAAAAAGAUGGCAAAAAAGACCAUGCAGCAGUGGACAAGGUUUUCUUCCUCCGAAUCUUCCAGAUUGUGCGGAUCAUGGUACCUCAAGUUUUCUGCAAAGAGACUGGCUACCUUCUCCUUAUCGCUGCCAUGUUGGUGACCAGGACCUACUGUGACGUAUGGAUGAUCCAGAACGGCACCAUGAUCGAAAGCGGUAUUAUAAGCAGAGACAUCAGUCUUUUCAAGAAGCACUUUUAUUCCUACAUAUCAGUCAUACCAGGGAUCGCCUUGGUGAACAACUUCCUGAAGUUGGGUCUGUACGAGCUGAAGCUGAGGUUCCGUGAGAGGCUCACUAAGAACUUGUACGACCAGUACCUGCAAGGUUUCACCUACUACAAAAUGGGAAACCUGGACAACCGGAUAGCCAAUGCAGACCAGCUACUGACACAGGAUGUGGAGAAAUUCUGCAACAGUGUGGUGGACCUCUACUCUAACCUCAGCAAGCCUCUGUUGGAUAUCUGUCUGUACACCUUUAAGCUGACAAGUGCCAUUGGAGCUCAGGGCCCGGCCGUCAUGAUGACAUACCUACUGAUCUCAGGCCUCUUCCUGACCAGACUGAGAAGACCCAUAGGCAAGAUGACCGUCACCGAGCAGCGGUACGAGGGAGAGUACCGCUUCGUCAACUCUCGCCUCAUCACUAAUAGUGAGGAGAUUGCAUUCUACAAUGGGAACAUCAGGGAAAAGCAGACCAUUUACACCACAUUCAAGAAACUGGUGGACCACUUGCAUAACUUUAUCUUCUUUCGCUUCUCUAUGGGAUUUGUUGACAGCAUAAUUGCCAAGUACCUGGCCACCGUAGUAGGUUACAUGGUGGUCAGCCGGCCAUUCCUCACCACGUCCCACCCUCGACACCUGCACAGCACACACUCUGAGCUGCUUGAGGACUACUACCAGAGUGGGAGGAUGCUCCUGAGAAUGUCCCAGGCCUUGGGCAGGAUUGUACUGGCUGGCCGAGAGAUGACCCGUCUCUCUGGAUUCACAUCUCGUAUCACUGAACUGAUGAAAGUUUUGAAGGAGCUGAAUGCUGGCAAAUAUGAACGCACCAUGGUCUCCCAGCAGGAGAAAGAAUCAGACGGUGCAGAGAAACUCCUACUUGUUCCUGGGAGUGGUCACAUUAUCAACAGAGAUAACAUAAUCAAAUUUGACCAUGCGCCCCUAGCAACACCCAACGGAGACGUUUUGAUCAAAGACCUCACAUUUGAGGUGAGGUCUGGCACCAAUGUUCUUGUGUGUGGACCCAACGGCUGUGGAAAGAGCUCUCUGUUCAGAGUGCUCGGAGAGCUGUGGCCUCUGUUUGGAGGACAGCUGACAAAACCUGAGAGAGGGAAGCUCUUCUAUGUUCCACAGCGACCUUACAUGACUCUGGGUUCUCUGAGGGACCAAGUCAUUUACCCCGACACCUACGAAGAACAGCAAAGGAAAGGCAUCUCUGACCACGUAUUGAAAGAGUAUCUGGACAAUGUUCAGCUGGGUCACAUCCUGGACAGGGAGGCGAGCUGGGACUCAGUCCAGGACUGGAUGGAUGUCCUCAGUGGAGGAGAGAAGCAGAGAAUGGCUAUGGCCAGGCUGUUCUACCACAAGCCCCAGUUUGCCAUUCUGGAUGAGUGCACCAGUGCAGUGAGUGUAGAUGUGGAGGAUUUCAUCUACAGCCACUGCAGGACGGUGGGCAUCACCCUGUUCACAGUGUCCCAUAGGAAGUCUCUGUGGAAGCACCACGAGUAUUACCUCCACAUGGACGGGAGAGGGAACUACGAGUUCAAGCCCAUCACAGAGGAGACGGUGGAGUUUGGCUCCUAACUGGUUGCUGCUGCAGACACAAAUGCUCUGAUAAAAUCCAGUCCACUAAUGAUUUGCACUUAAGAGAGAAGUCAUAGAAAUUAAUGUUUUUAAUCAAGUGUUUUCUGUUAUUUAAAUCAUCAAUUGAGUCUAGUCUAAUUAUAAAUUUGUUCAGAUUAUAAAAACAUGUUAUUUAUAUUGACAACUUCUAUAAAUAUAAAUAACGCAAAAAAAUGUCAGUGAAGGUGGAAAUAUCCAAUGUUUUAAUCCUCAGUAACUAGUAUGCUAGAUACCGGUGUGCUCAACGUGAAUGUUCCUGGAUGUCAUUUCGACUAGAGGAUAAGAGGUGGUUAAGAUAAUGGGACGUAGGCUUACUUGCUACUUAAUUUCUGUCUUUUUCUUGAGGACAAAGGGUAAUAAGAGCCUCGUAGAUAUCCCGUGGAUUAAGAACAGCUGUUAUCCUGACAUAAGGAGAAUCCGAACACAGUCAACCAUCUGCUGUUUGCUUCUGUAGCUACAGGGAAGGAACAGGACAGACUCUUCAGACCCACCUGGUUUGAAGGUGUUGAGGGGAGCCUCUUAAAGUGGUGCAGCGUCAGCUCCUGUUUGAGGGAACGGCCAUCAGAAGAGUAAAUAUGGACUCAGCAGAUGAGAGAGCAAUGCCAUGUACUCAAGAGCCACUGGGUGAACCUAUUCAUUAGCACAGCACUGGGGCCAGUGGCAGGGAUUUAGUGUUUUAAACAUUCCACCUGUAACAUUUGUGAAAUGAGGAGAUUUGAACUGUUAUAUAUUUAGUGAUUGGGCUCUAUUGACCAAACUGGUGUGGAAGUGCUGAUCUUUGUGACUUAUGCCCGAGCAUAAGCGCUCCCAUUCCGCUUGUGGAGCAGUCGAUUGAAAAAGCUCCCCAUGUGGACUUUGAGAACACGUGAAUUCAUGUAACAGUGCUGCUCUUUGGUCGGAGCAUUAAGUCAUAGGAUGACUGAUUAUGAUUUUAAUGAAUAAACAUGGCUUGAAAGCUCUAAUGAAGAGGGAACACUUUGUUGUCUAACCGUUAAUAAAGUAAUUCAGUACACAUCA